CAGGCAGAUCCCACAGAAAUAAAUUAAUAAAAUUCACCACAUCUUCCCCAUGUUCAUAUACCCCAUAGAAUUCACCAUCUUUUUUCUGUUUUAAUCCCAAAAAAAUAAAAUUAUUUUUUGUUUUUCCAGCUUAGCAUAAUCAUAUCAUCUCAGAUGUUGGAUUUCUCAGGUGGGAUUGUGAGAGAUGGGGCGGCGGAAGCGCCGGAGAGCGGCGGCGAGGCUCAUUUUGGCGGGGAAGAUGCGGCGGCGAGAGCGGAGGAAGGCGGCGGAGAGAGGAAUUCCGGCGGGAAUAGGUGGCCGCGUCAGGAAACUAUAGCUUUGUUGACGAUUAGGACGGAAAUGGAUGCUGGGUUUAGAGAUUCCAGCCAUAAAGCUCCACUCUGGGAAGAGGUUUCCAGGAAAAUGGCGGAGCUUGGGUAUCGCCGGAGUUCCAAGAAAUGCAAGGAGAAAUUCGAGAACGUUUACAAGUAUCAUAAGAGGACCAAAGACGGCCGGGCUUUCAAAUCGGACGGGAAAAGUUACCGGUUUUUUGACCAGCUCGAGGCUUUCGGGAACCAUUCUACGCCGCCGCCGGCGGUGGUUAGUGCUCCGGUUCCGGCGGGAGGUGGUCAGGUUACUGUUUCAUCGAUUCCGGAGCCAUUUUCAGCUCCGAUUCCGGCGAAUUCUCCGUCGUUUCCGCCGCCGUCGCAGCCGCAAUUGGGUGCGCCGGCGGAGAAAGGCGGCGGGAAUGUGUUUCCGGUGGGCCGGAAUAAUAAUAAUUCGUCGGCGAGCUUAUUGUGGUGUCAGACAUCGUCGUCGUCUACAUCUUCCGACGAGGAUAUCCAGCGGCGGCGCGGGCGGAAGCGGCGGCGCAAGGAUUUCUUCGAGCGGCUAAUGAGAGAUGUGAUCGAGAAACAGGAGAAUAUGCAGAAGAAGUUUCUGGAAACAAUCGAGAAACGCGAAAUUGAGCGCACGGCGAGAGAAGAAGCGUGGAGAGCUCAAGAAACGGCGAGAAUUAACCGCGACCACGACCUUCUAAUCCAAGAACGAUCCAUGGCCGCCGCCAAAGACGCCGCCGUCAUUAAACUCCUCCAAACCAUCGCCGAAAAAAACAACAUUCAAAUCCCCGCCGCCGCAUGCGGCGGCGCUUUUCAACCUCCGCCGCCGCAAACCACCGUAGCGCCGCCACCAACCACCGUAACGCCGCCGCCAACCGCCGUAGCGCCGCCGCCAACCGCCGUAUCGCCGCCAUCAACCGCCGUGGCGCCGCCGCCAACUGAUAACAACAACAAUUCACCAGUCCACAAUUCGCGGUGGCCGAAACCGGAGAUAGAAGCGCUGAUCAGAAUCCGUACGAGCAUGGACACGAAGUACCAAGAAAACGGCCCGAAAGGGCCGUUAUGGGAGGAGGUGGCGGCGGAGAUGCAGAAAUUAGGCCACCGCCGGAACGCGAAACGGUGCAAGGAGAAAUGGGAGAACAUAAACAAAUACUUCAAGAAAGUGAAAGAAAGCAAUAAGAAACGUCCCGAAGAUUCUAAAACGUGUCCCUAUUUCCACCAGCUCGAAGCUCUAUACAAAGAAAAAUCCAAAAUCGAAGCUUCUAUGCAUCCAUUAGAGGCCGAAAACAGCCCGAUUAUGGCCCGGCCGGAGCAGCAAUGGCCGCCGCCGGCGGCGCCGGGCCAUAACGACGACCACAACGACGACAACGAAGAAGACGACAGUGACAAUGAUGACAACGAUGACGCCGGUGGAGGGUAUGAGGUUUUGCCAACACCCGGGUCCGGCGCCGCCACUGGUACGGCCGAGUAAGGGGCAGCAUUGGGAAUAUCGAGUGGACAGUACAACAGACGAUGCAGAAGGUAUAAAUGUAAAUGUGGGUCAGACCGAGAAUGCCGGUAGGGAAAGCAGGAGGAGGGAGAGAGAUUUUUGGUUUUAUUUUCGUAUUUUAUAGAAAAAUUAGUUUUGUUAUAAUUUAAAUUUUCGAUAUUUGUUUAUUAUUUCAUUAAAGAGAAAACUUGGGAAAGGUAUUCAAAAAAAUUAAUAAUUAAA